AUGUUGACCACCAUUAGAAAUAAGGCGCUUAAUUUCGCCGAUGUCGUUAUGAGGGUUCCGCCGCUUUUCAUUAUCGACGAACUGCUCAGGAUCGGCCUUGGCUUGCCCGGCGAAAACAUAGUCCUUGAAGACGUCAACAAUGAAUUCAAAGUCGUCAGCGUUCCUGAUUCCAUUGUUGGUUCGCUGGUUGGCAUUACACCCGAGGUCGGUUUGCUCCACCAGCUAAACUUGAGUCAGCACAUCUACCAGUCGUACUUACUCACGCUCUUUAAAUUCAUCUUGUGCUGUUUAGCAUGCGAGGCAGCACUUUGCGGCAUUAUGCUGCAAAAGAAACACCUCGUCGUCGUUUACCUCUACCUGAUAUCGGUCGGUGUGAUAUUCGUGUCAUAUUGGUCGAACGUCAGCACCAUGAAGGCGGUCGUCUGGUACGCCACCGCGAAUGAGACAGCGACGAGUAUCCUGGACGAUGUGCUGUGUCUGGAUAUACCCAAGGUGCUGAAUCCUGACGGACCGGGAGUCGUUGUCAUCCGGAACUACAUCCUCCAGUGCACUCUCGCCCUUAUCUUCUGCUACGUUCACCUUGCUCCGAGAUUUUCCAUUAUACAGAAGUCUCUCGUCUUCAGUUUCAUGGCUCCUUCCAUAUUCGCAGUUCUUCCGAUACCCAUUACAGUUCUGAACCAUGCUCCAGUCUUCGCAACCCUGCUUCCGCUCGCAGUGUCAAAGUUCGUAAUUUGGUACAACUCGGUGGCGAUGGGUCGCAUCAUAUACUCAGGUUACCAGCACGCUCGAACGUUUAUCAGCAGCUACGGUCUCUCGGCGUUGGUGGAGGCGGAAUGGAGUCGGCUGAACGUGCCCUGCGUUCUGCGGAUUUUCUGGAUCCUUAGAGUGGGCGAGCAAGUUAUACAAAUAAUGGGAAACCACUACGGGGAAGAUACGUUCACGUAUUAUGUGAUGGUCAGGACUCUGUUGAUAAACGGCUGCGAGACGCUUACAGCUGUUCUAGGAAUGACGAGCGUGAUAUCGUUCAUCUGCCACUACAUCGGUUGCUUCUUCCAAUGGAUAUUACUUAACGAUGACGAGGAGGACAGCAAGAGCAUCGGAACGGUGUCGGCGAUUCUUUUCUACAUCCUGGCUCUCCAAACAGGAUUGACCAGUCUGGACAGAGAAAUGCGGUUGGUAAGAUUGUGCCGAAACUUUUGCCUCCUGUUCACAGCGCUUCUCCACUUUGUUCACAAUAUAGUCAAUCCUCUGCUGAUGUCGCUGAGCGCGUCGCACAAUCCCGCUCUUCACAGGCACUUUCGAGCACUGUUGGUCUGUGCCUUUCUGAUUAUGUUUCCGGUUUAUCUCCUCGUAUUGCUGUGGUCGCAAUACUCGGUCAGCACUUGGCUGCUCGCUGUCUCGGCUUUUAGCAUAGAGGUUAUAGUAAAAGUCCUCGUAUCGCUGGCGAUAUACUCGCUGUUCCUUUACGACGCGUGCCGUCACACGUUCUGGGAACAAUUGGACGACUACGUUUACUACAUACGCGCCUUCGGUAACACCGUGGAAUUUGCAUUCGGGAUCUUUCUGUUCUUCAACGGCCUAUGGAUCCUCGUGUACGAGUCGGGCGGACUAAUAAGAGCAGUCAUGAUGUGUGUGCACGCCUACUUCAACAUAUGGUGCGAAGCGAAGGCCGGAUGGAGCGUAUUCAUGAAGAGGAGAACGGCCGUGAACAAGAUAAACUCGCUGCCAGAGGCGAGGACCGAGCAGCUUAUGCAGCUCGACGACGUUUGCGCUAUUUGCUACCAGGAAAUGUCAAGCGCUAAAAUAACCAGGUGCAAUCACUACUUCCACGGCGUUUGUCUAAGGAAGUGGUUGUACGUUCAGGAUCGCUGUCCGCUGUGCCAUGAUAUUUUGUACAAAGUUGACAGUCCGCACGACAGCAAAGACAAUGUCUCUGCUCUCACUGAUCAGGAGAGGCGAAACGAAGAUGAAAUCGACGAGUUGUACCAGAACCAGGGACUGCAGAGGAACGGAUUGCGAAGUCCGAACUAUAGACGAUACGUUGAACAGCUUAACGAAGACAGGUGAAGCUUAACGUCUAGCUAUAUUGUGAUAUAAUUAUUAUAAAAAAUAAAUUAUAUUGUUAUUUCAUGUUA